AUGCCGCAGGGGCAUGCCCAAAUCAACCAUAUCUUAGGUGAUCUGAGCAUUGUGAAUGUGCCAGAUGUUUCAGAGGUGAUGGCCAAGGCAUAUAAAAUCAUAGAUGUGAAUCAAUUCAAGAUAGAACAAGGGACAGCGGAAUUCAUUGUUGCAUCAUUCUAG